UGGACGACGGGGGCAAAGAAUGCCAAGUUGCGUGUCACUUGGAAGGCCUCACACACAAACCGAUUUUAUCAUGCGACAAUGGUAGCUUGUGUCUCCUUGUGAGCCACGUUCACAUGGAAUGGAGGCAAACAGAAAAAUGGCGUCAAGCCUAACUGCCGGACCGUCUUCCCUUCCAUCUCCUCGCCUGCCCAGCGGCGAGUUCAAGACCCGUCGCCUUCCCAGCGUCCGGUGCAGCUCCAGCUCGCCGGGUAGUGGCGACCAAGGUGGCGCACCGCCGGUCGUCAGGGCAGCGGUCAGCGCCGUCACUGAGCUCCUCAGGGCCCUAUCUCCCAGCAAGAAGCCAAGGCAAAUGGGUGAAGCCGUCGACACAGAGUUGGAGUUGCCUCGCAGCGUGGAGGAUGUGGUUGCUGUUCUUGAAGCCGAUUACCAGCGUGCUUAUUUCCUCACCGGGAACUUCACUCUGGGCAUAUAUGCUGAAGAUUGUUUGUAUGAAGAUCCGACGAUAAAAUUCCGUGGAAGGUCUAAAUACGCUCAGAAUCUGGAUUUGCUAGUACCCUUUUUGGACAGCCCUUCCCUCGAACUCGAGAGUAUAGAAAAGGGUCUGAGGGCUGAGACAAAGUCCAUCAUGGCAACAUGGACACUGAGGACAUAUUUGAGGCUCCCAUGGAGGCCCCUCAUCGCCAUCAGAGGGAACACGACCUACGAUUUAGACGAAGAAUACAAGGUGGUCAGGCACGCCGAGAGCUGGGACGUUUCUGCGCUGGAGGCGAUAGCUCAGUUGUUCGUCUCGGCGCCGAAGCAAACAGGCAGCUGAGCCGACGCUGUGGUGCUGCAUCAGUGUAUUUUGGCCACUGCCAACUGCCACUGGACAAUGAUUUGUUUUAGGGAAGCCACUGGACAACGGAAUCGCGAAACAAAAUGCCUCUCUAGGUGGGCAACCGCUACUUUCUUAAUCACUUGAUUCUUCAAAAAUGCUGCUUACUCCGUUACAUAAUUCUUGUCAAAAUAUUACAUGUAUCUAGACGUUUUCAAAAAAUGAUAUAUCCAUUUUUGGGCAAAUUUGAGACAAUAAUUAUGAAGACAUGGCAACCA